CUAAGUAUCCCGUCUUUAUCACAGCAACUACAAAAAACUUAAGUAGGUAGGUCGGUAAAUAAACCUCUUAUCUACCAACCCACGCCGUAGAUUAAAUACUUGAUACAUCGCUCCAACCCAACCAGUUAUCCAACGGCCCCCGCGUUGAACGUACUCCCGCGCUUCUUUACUUCAAACCGUAAAAUGUAUCAAAAUGAUCGUUUCUAAACUCGAGAAAUGCCUUCGUAACUGUAAAGUGACAGAGACUAUAGCGUUAUUCGUCGAACCUAAUCAUCCUAAGCGGUUUUUUAAAUACAGUUGACCAAAGUUUAACGUCCCGCUGUUUGGAACACAGUAAAACUUGGAAUUGGACAUUUGAAGUUCGAAAUUUGAAAAUUAGCUCAAUAAUGGCGAGUAAUAAAUACGCGCGUGUUCAUUCGUACGGGAGUAUGAGCUCAAGAAGUGACGACGAUAUGAUAGUGCAUUCCCAACUCUACCCUUAUCCGAAGAAAAUGGUGGUGCAGCGGGAAAUUUUGUAUGAAGAGGAGCAUCCUCCGUUCCAACCGUUAAUAGCCACUGAGAGGUUAUUUGGAAAGGCUCGUUUUACUUUUCUGCUGCUGAGUUAUGUGGCGUUCUACUUUAUCUAUUUGAUUUCUGGUGCAUUGGUGUUCUCGGCUUUGGAAGCACCUAUGGAAAAUCAGGUGCGGUUGGAUGUGAUCAGAGCGAAGCAGGAUUUCAUGAUGCGGCAUCCAAAUAUUUUAGCUGAUGACCUGGAAUCGCUGAUAGAAGUGGUGGUGCUUGCCACCAACCAGGGCGUGCCGGCGGCGCAGAAUGUGAGCGGCGGACCCAACUGGAGCUUCGGACAAUCACUGUUCUUCUCUUCUACUGUCAUUACUACUAUCGGCUACGGCCACGUGACCCCCCUCUCCAAGAUGGGCAAGCUGUUCUGCAUGUUAUACGCGGUCCUGGGUAUCCCCCUGACCCUGAUCCUGCUGUCGGCGCUGGUGGAGCGGCUGCUGCUGCCCACCACUGCGCUGCUGCGGACCCUGAACGCUGAGCUUGGCCACCUCUACAGGCCCUUUAGUAUACGGCUGGUGCACCUGUCGAUUAUUGUGACGUUCCUGGUGGUGUUCUUCCUCGUCAUUCCAGCUGCGAUCUUCGCCUCCCUUGAGCCUGGCUGGGACUACCUGGACUCGUUCUACUACUGCUUCAUUUCGCUGACCACCAUAGGGCUGGGCGACUACAUUCCUGGAGACUCGCCUGGGCAGGAGUACCGCCCCUUGUACAAAGUGGCUACUACUUUCUUCCUACUGGCCGGGCUGACUUUCCUCAUGCUGACAUUAACCGUUUUCUACGACAUCCCGCAACUGAACCUCAGCACCGUCUUCUCCUCCGUGAAACUGGACGAGGACCCGGAGAAGAUGCGUCUCAGCGGCUCCGGCGUCAUGGGUCCCGGCUACGGCAUCGGCGGCCUCGUCAUGAGGGACGAUUACAACCACCACGAUCAGCGCCGGUCCGUCGUACAUAUUCGGCCACAUUUGGACGACAGUCCCAGCCCUGAGGACACCACUCCGGUACAUGCUAGGGAUAUGAGGGUGCCUCAUGUCCAUUAAACGGUUACAUUGGAUUUGCCUGGCAAAAUGAGCAAAUGUAAAUCAAAAGGCAGACGGAGGACAGAUCUUGAUUUAAAAAUGGAGCAGUCAGAUUUGUAUACUCUUGCUGUUUUUUCGUUUAAGUAUAACAUACUCGAAAUAUCAAAACAAAUUUUGUGAAUCAUCAUAAUGUCGACGUGUGCAAAGCAAUUGACGUACUUAAUACGUUUGUUUUGGAGUACGCGAUUUAAAAUUUUGCCUAGGCACGUUACAGCGUCAGGAGAAUGAGGGCUAUCGUUUUUUUGCUCACCAGUUGGCGCCUCUGUUGAUGGUGGUCCAAAAGACUAAAGAACAGCUGUCAGUCACUGAAGUGACAAGUGACAUUUGACAUUUCGAACUUUGCGAAGACCACCAUCUACACUAGCGCCCCUAGCGGCGAAUUCAUACGCGUUAGCCCUCAUUGGCUAUCUUGACAGCAUUUGCAAGGGAGCAACAAAGAUUCAUUGCCUACUAGGAAUCUCUUUACACUUCAUAUACUUAUAAGGAUUCCUAGGUCUAUAAUUGUUCCCUGAGUAAAUAGCAAGUACUACGUAAUAAAUAAUCAGACAAUCAUUUGUUUAUUUGCAUAAUGAACUUGGCGCGGAGCUAGUAUUAUAUAUUGGCAUAAUUCGAAUUAUAUUUAUGUAAAGACAUAGUUCAUAUAAUAUUCCUUAUAUAAUGUUUGAAAUAUAUUUCAAUCUAUUUAAUAUAUGACUAUGCUCUUUUUUAUAAGAGCGCAGUGUUGCGGUAGGUAGGUAUGGUUUUAAUUUACCUAAUUGUUUUGAUUAUGAAAAUGAUUUUGUCUAUUAAUAUUUUCAAUAUUACGAGAAAAGGUAAAUUUGAAAAUCUUAUGAAAAAAAACACAAAUGACAUACCUAACUAACAUCAAUAAUAGCUAAAAAUGGGAAAUUGUUUUUUCUUAAGAUAAAGAGUGAAAGUAGGUAAUAUCCAUACGUUGUUUGUUAUAGAAAUAUUACCUAUUAUGAAUAUUUUAAAUAUAUUGGAAUAUUAUCAGACCGUCAACAUAGAAAAAAUUAAAACUGUUAUCUGCCCCUCUAUCGCUCUUGCAUAUUCGAGCGACAGAGAAGCAGAUAUAGGUUUUUUUUUCAUGUUGACGGUAGACGCUCGGGGGAGUGAAAUGCGCUGAAACUGCCUACUUUGAUGACUUUGGUACAUUUAUCUACUUUGUUCAAGGAAAAAUAUAGUUGGUCAAGCAAAUCUUGUCAGUAGAAAAAGGCGGCAAAUUUAAAAAAUGUAGUCGUGAGGGGAUAUCGUCCCAUAUAAAAUUUGAAUUUCGCGCCUUUUUCUACUGACAAGAUUUGCUGGACCAACUUUAUUUCAUCUAUAUUUCCUGCAUGUGUUUUUACAGAACUAUGCAAAAUUUGUGCUGUAUUUUACAAGUUAAUAAAAUACAACAUAAUAUUUAAAAACAAGGGCUAAAAUGGCUAAAAAAACAUAAAAAAUCUGCAGAAAUUGCAUAAGUUCAUAAAGAAAUCAAACUUUGCAAGUUUGCACACGCUGUCACUUGUUUCUUCUACAUUAUAUCGAAGACCGUCCUCAUAAAAAAAACUUAAUAGUUUACAUACAUAAUCCCUUGGAAAAUUCGUCAAAUACACAACCGCUGGUGAAACUAGCUGAACUGAGCACAUUAAGACUGACAAGGAUUUAACAAAUUUUCGCACUUUUCUAUUUUCACAUUAGGUUUUGUAUGGGGACUAAAUGAACCUACAAAAAAGCUUAAAAGGGCUUCGUCGCUUUUUCUUUAAUAUGUGACAUCUAUUACAGUUUAGAACAUAAAAAAACUUUUAAAAAAAGUACUCCGUUUCAGAGGGUAGUGCAAAUUUAUCUCUGUCGUGUAAUUUUUUUGCUCAAUACAGACUUACAGACCUAACCUGAAGUCUGUUUUUAUAAAUUAUAAAAUAAAUAGGUAACUUACUUAUUUUCUAUUUCAUUCCAGUACAUUGUACCCUAAAAUUCACACAAUUGAAGUAGCAGUAAGUACUAUAAGGAGAACUUAUAUCAUACGAAAACUAGGGGUAUGUAAAUUAUUAGAGAUGCCCCGAAUAGUGGUUUUGUCCGAAUACCGAAUAUUCGGCCCCUCUCUCGGCCGAAGCGCCGAAUGAUCGGCAUAACAUGCGAUCAUUUUGAGUCACGUUCUCACGUUAAUUAUGAAAAAUGUUCGCCAACAAAGCACUACGUUUGCUAAGAUUUAACUUUUGUUGCUCAGAAGUCUCAGAACUCGUGAAUGUAGUUCGUCAAGCAAAUCAGACCCAUGAUAAAAAUAGAAUUAUUUGUAAUCAACAAAUGCUCAAUAACAGGGUCUUCGUAUUUAACAACUUUCCAAGAAAACAUGUAAAAUUUAUAUAUAGUGGUUUGCGGUUAUUUUUAUUAUGUAAUUAUUAUUUUUAGGUAGGUGCAACAGAUAUUCGGUAUUCGGCCGAAUAGUGGCCGAAUGUCGAUAAUAGCCGAAUAUUCGUGGCAUCUCUAUAAAUUAUUAAAAAACAAUGACGUUAUACAAUUUAUAUCCACUAGGUACCCUUAUGUGCUAGGUUUGGCAGUAAAUAGACUGAACAACUUGAAUCAUUCUGAAUUUCUGAUGUGUAAUUGUGUAUACGGUUUUCAAUCUUUACAAUAUUUAAAUAACAUAUCAUUGUAGCACGAUCCUAUGGAAUGAAAAGUCAUUUUUAAAUAAUAAUUGCAAAAUAAACCAGAUUUCUCAAACCAACCACCAAAUAGUAAUAAUAAUAAAAAUAUAUAUGUACUGUAUACACGGAAUUAAAAUUAUCUUGUACCUAUAUUUACCUAAAGUUUAUUUACAUGUAACGUACGUAUCAAUUCGGUGUGAUAGUUGACCAGUAAUUUAGUAGAUUAUCUGAUAUUAUCAAAAAAAAAUUAUAAAUAUAACUAAUUAUCUUUAUUUCAAUCCUUCAAUGAUAAUAUACGGAUAUAAGAAACGUAGAUUGUUGUGGCGUAUAACGCAAUUUAAUUUGUAUGUAGAUAAACGUUUUUAGUACAUAGGUUUUGUAAUUAAAUCACCAGGUUUUGUGAAGCUUUACCGAAAAUUGACCAUUGCUUUGUCCUUUAUGAUUUCAUGAUUACUUCUGUACCCACGUAUUUGGGAAAGUGGAAAGUGCAUUUUUAAGUACGAUUCCCACCGAGCGAGCAGAGUCGGAGCGGAGCGCAUUUCACAAUUUUCACAUUUGUACGGCCGCAUGCCGGUCGGCUCCUCGCGGACGCGGACGGCUUCGGACGGACUCCGUCGCUUCUGUCAUACAUAAUGUAGGCACAUUGAAAAUCGGCUGCGGCGCGGCCCGACUAGCGGGUCGUUGGGAAUCAUACAUUAGGUUACAAAACUGAUUGGUGGCUCUGACUCACACAAAAAGACGUACCCUACUUUUUCAUUUUGCUGUGGAGAAGGUAGGAUAGGGAUACAGAAAGUGGUCCUUUUUUCGCUUAAACAUUAAAGAUUUGCGUUUUAAAGGUCUGUCCAGACGAGGACAAUUUUACCCAAUCUGAUUAAAUUGUCCGAUUAAAUCAGGCCGUGCGGACUCAAACGCCAAUUUCGCUCGCCGAAUUCGACCGCCGAAUAUGACCGAUAUUGCCGAUAAAAUGGAGUGCGGACGCAAUAAUACCAAUUUGUGACGCUAGUAUUCGCGUUUGGGGGCAUAUUUUAAUUUAGAGCGCUCUAAUAUCACCAAAUAAAUUAGUGAAAGUGGCCAAAUUGGCAUUGAGUCCGCACAGCCUGAUUUGACGGACAAUUUAAUUAGAUUGGCGAAAAAUUGUCCUCGUCUGGACAGGCCUUAACCUUUCAUCUAGUGUGGCUGUGACUUUAUUAAUAUCAAAUGUAUACCAAAUGAAUACAUUAAUAUUUAUUAAAUCCACAAAGUACGGUUAGCAUAGCAAUAGUAUAUUCCGUUCACUUUGAAUCGAAAUGCAAUGACAAUAUUGUAGACUUAUGAC